AUGGUCGUCAGCAGCCGCUGGUUCGAAUGUGCCAUUUCUCUUGUCAUCGUGGCCAAUUCGGCGCUGAUCGGGGUGGAGAGCCAGCUUGCCCUGGACAACCAGGGAAUCCAGUGGGCAAACAGAGCGGAGUUCGUUUUCCUUGCCAUCUACAGCGUCGAAAUUGUCAUCCGUGCGAUCGUGCUGCGGUUGAACGCGUUUAGCGAUGGCUGGUUUAUCUUCGAUCUCGUGCUCCUCGUCAGCUCCCUGGUGGAGCAGGUCGUGUCCUUGUCCACCGGCGAGGCCGACCAGCAGAUCAUGAUCCUGCGGCUGCUGCGGCUGUUUCGGCUCGUCCGGACAUUCCGGAUGAUCAAGCAGAUCCGAUCUGUGUGGCGGCUGGUAUAUGGGCUCAUGAACUCCAGCGAAACCAUGAUCUCGGCCUUCACCUUGCUGGCCCUCGUCUUGUACGUCUUCGGGGUCCUGGGGUUGAAGGUCAUCAGCUCAGAUCCUGCUCUCCUAGCCGACCCAGUCACGGCCUUCAUCCUCGAGGAUCGUUUCAGCUCCUUGGGCGUGACUAUGAUGACGCUCACGCAGUUCGUGACGGUGGACUCCAUCGCCGCCAUCUAUCUGCCGCUAAUCCGGCGGAACCCCUGGCUGAUCCUCUAUUUCACGAUGCUUAUCUUGGUCAUUUCCAUAUCGCUCAUGAACCUCGUAACGGCCGUGCUGGUUGAAGCCGCCUUGGAGCAUGCCCGCCAAGAGAAGGAGGAAGAGCAAAAAUUGGCAAACAUCUCUGCGAAGCACAUGCUCCCAGAGAUCAUCAAUCUGUUCGAUGCCGUUGAUGCGGACUGCAGCGGCUACCUUGUGAUCGAGGAGAUGAGCCGCUUCGAAGAGGAGGGCCUGGUCCCGGCCGAACUCUUGGAUCGUGCUUCAGUGGACUCCAUGAGCGAACUUUUUCACCAGCUGGACAUCGACGAGUCCGGGAAGGUGAAUCGCGAGGAGUUCAUCGAGGGUCUUUUGGACAUCUUCCUCAGAGAGGUUCCGAUCUACUCCCUCCAAAUGAUGAAGAUGCUGCGCCUCAUUCGGGAAUCACAGGUGAAGACGCAG